CUCCAUCAGCAGGAGGCAAAGAAAGACUGUGGGAAAGCAGAGCGAGGCAGUCAAAUCAAGAGACUGAACCUUCCCUGGAGAAUCGGGGGGCUCUUCCACACAGGAAACAGUUAUUAGAAAGGCUGUACAAUGUCUGAUUUUGACAGCAACCCGUUCGCAGAUCCGGACUUCAGCAAUCCCUUUCAGGAUCCUUCGGUGACACAGGUGACCCGGUCGGCCCCUCCUGGUGGUCUGGAGGAGUAUAAUCCUUUCACAGACGCCAAAACGGCGGCCCCUGGGAAUGCCCCCAAAGCUCCUCCUGCCCCCUCCCAGCAGAACACACAGCCUGCCAUCAUGAAGCCCACAGAAGAACCGCCGGCUUACUCGCAGCAACAGAAUCAGCAGCGUAAUGAGGACCAAGCACGUGUUCAGGCUGAGUUGUUAAGAAGGCAGGAGGAGUUGGAGAAGAAAGCAGCAGAGCUCGAUCGUCGGGAGAGAGAGUUGCAGUCCCAUGGAGGAGGGCGUAAGAACAACUGGCCUCCACUGCCAGAGAAGUUCCCCGUUGGCCCAUGUUUCUAUCAUGAUAUUGCAGUGGACAUUCCCGUAGAGUUCCAAAAGACCGUCAAGAUCAUGUACAACCUUUGGAUGUUUCAUGCAGGCACGCUCUUUGUGAACAUGUUCGGCUGCCUGUCCUGGUUCUGUGUGGAUGCAUCUCGCGGUGUAGAUUUCGGCCUGGCCAUGCUAUGGUUUCUGCUGUUCACCCCCUGUUCUUUCGUCUGCUGGUACAGACCGCUUUACGGGGCUUUCAGGAGCGACAGUUCAUUCCGCUUCUUUGUCUUCUUCUUCAUCUAUAUCUGUCAGUUUGGAGUUCACGUCUUACAAACUAUUGGCAUCGCUGGCUGGGGUACAUGUGGUUGGAUUGCAGCUUUAACUGGUCUGAACACCAGUAUCCCAGUGGGCAUCAUCAUGUUACUGAUUUCAGCUCUGUUCACUGCGCUGUCUGUGGGCUCGCUCAUUAUGUUUAAAAAGGUGCACGCACUGUAUCGUACCACUGGUGCUAGUUUUGAGAAGGCUCAGCAGGAGUUUGCCACUGGCGUCAUGUCUAACAAGACCGUUCAGACUGCGGCCGCCAACGCCGCAGCUAAUGCUGCAACCAAUGCUGCUCGUGGGGCCUUCAAGCCUCAGCCAUAAACUGACACUCCCACAUACAUGCUCACACAUACUGUACAAGCACACA